GUCAUUCGCUAUUGAACACUGGUCGAUCCGUUUAUAAACAAUCCAAAAAUUUACCAUGAAAGCCGACAAAGAAUUUAUUUUAACGAUUCAACUAUAUCCUGAACUCUAUAAGGCUUACAAAAGAAGGUUUGAUGACGAUGAAGAAAAUAGAUUGACAAAUUUAUGGACACAAUUCGCCAAAGAAAAUAACUUGAAGAGUGGGCUUGCGGCUGAGAUGAAAUGGCGCCAAUUGGUUUCGAAAUACAUAUCCUUCCUGCUAUAUGGUCUUCCCUUUUCCUACGAACGGGAAAUGCAAUUUAUGCAAAUGAAUUUACUUGGCCAAGAAAGAUUGUCCGAUGACGCACAGUCAGAUUCUGAAAUCGACGUAGAGGAAUUGAAAAAUAUAUUAAAUUCGUAUGAUGAUAUUUCAGCUGAAAAUGAAAUCCAAAGCAUUACGGCGAAAGAUAAUAAUGUAGGGUCAAAAAAUGAUAAUGCCAAAAGAAAAAGGCAGAACAGUGAUGAAUUACACAAAGACCAAAAAUGUGAACUGAUUAUUGCUGAGGAAUCCAGUGAAGUGCAAGAUAACUCGGGAUCUUUAAAAUCAUAUCAUAAUGAUGGAGAAACAAAAAAUCUUAAUAAGACGAGAAAAAGACAUAGUAAUGAUGAAUUAAAUAAAGCAAAAAGUAAAAAGAAAUCUGAGCUGGUUAAUGAUGAAGAGUCGAAUAAAAUCCAAAAUAACUCAAUGUCAUUAAAAUGCGGUAGCAAUCAAGAAAGCAUGCUGCCAAAACAGUGUAAAAAACCAAUUGCAAUGCCUAUAACAGCAGACACUACCACUGAUAUCAGUACGACACCCAACUUACAAGCUAAUACACGCAACAUCAAUACACCAAGUGGUGAUAUUAACAACAGUGGAGGUUUCACAAAUUUAAGUUCAUUAGAGCUUAUAUUUCUCGGUUAUGCUAAAGUCUUACAACGCAUGCCAUUACGUUUACAGUUACAGAUUAAACGAAAAAUUGCUGAUAUUAUGGAUGAAGCAGAAUUACACUUAUUCGAAGGAAAUAGUUAAUUGAUUGUGAAUUUUAAAAAUUUUCUGAUUGUUGUAAAUAAUAAAAAGUGUUAAUAAAAGCAGCGUUAUUAUGGCAGGGACCCAUACAUCAAUUA